UCGAGGGAGAGAGAGAAGUGGACAUGAUAAAUUGAAUUAAGACGAAGAAAUUCCUGUUCCUUCGGCCUAAGGUACGAGAUUUUGAGAAUUCUUGUUGCGAAGGUGAAGGUUCCGGAGGAGGUUGCUUUUGCUUCCAUCUCCCUCGGUAGUUUUGUUGCGCCUCUUUUAUUUUUUCAAAAAUUACAGACACCCCCACCAAAAGCUUAAAACUUUAGCAUAAGAUUGGCAGAUAAACGGAUGGCUAGUGUGGACCACAAUUGUUGUAAUUCUCUCCAAGAUGACAACAAAUUCACUCCUGCACCGCCACUGCCACCACCACCACCAUCUCCUCGGCCCCGUUCAGCAGCAACUAGUUGUUGUCCUUGCAGGCGCCUUGUGGCGAAUUAUAAUUCAGCGAUGAGAGAGUGCAGCUAUGUAUCUCCAGCAACAAUAGAAUUGUGGGAUCGUCUUUUUGAUUCAGGAUUUAAAGCAGAUGUUAGGAUUAAUACUGGUAACGGCGGCAUUAUUUACGCUCAUUAUAACAUAGUUGCAGUGGCAUCCCCCGUAUUAAGAGGCUUGCUGAAGCAAGGAAUUUUUUUUCGGAGGUGGAGAUCAAUCACAAUCAAAGGGGUACCACAUGAUGCUGUUCGGGUUUUCUUUCGAUAUUUGUACACUUCGUGUUAUGAGAAGGAAGAGAUGGAAGCAUAUGUACUACAUUUGUUAGUGCUGUCACAUGUAUUCAUGGUUCCUCAUUUGAAGCGGGAAUGUGAGCAGAAUCUAGAAUCGAGUUUCCUCACAAUAGACAAUGUAAUUGAUGUAUUUCAGAUUUCAUUACUGUGUGAUGCUCCACGGCUUAGCCUCAUCUGUCACCGUAUGAUACUUAGCAACUUCAAAGCAGUUUCAGAGUCUGAAGGAUGGAAAGCGAUGAAGGAGAGCCAUCCAGUUUUAGAAAAGGAAGUUUUGGAGUCCAUGAUCGAGGAAGAAAAUAAUAAAAAGGAGAGGACCCGAAAGAUCAAUGAGAGGAAGAUAUACAUGCAACUGUAUGAGGCGAUGGAAGCUCUUGUUCACAUAUGCAGAGAUGGCUGCCGAACUAUUGGCCCUUGUGAUAAAGACUUCAAAGCAAAUCAGCCAUGUAAAUAUGCAGCAUGUAAGGGGCUAGAAUUGCUCGUGCGACAUUUUGCUGCAUGCAAACUUAGAGUCCCUGGAGGUUGUGGUCAUUGCAAGAGGAUGUGGCAACUAUUAGAGCUGCAUUCCCGAAUAUGUUCUGAUCCCGAUGGUUGUAGAGUUCCCUUGUGCAGGAACUUUAAGCAGCGGAUAUCGAAACAAAGCAAGAAAGAGGAAAUCAGGUGGAAAAUAUUGGUUAAAAAGAUCUUGAGAACAAGAGGUAUUGGAAUAGCACCAUGCUUUCAGCAGCAAUAACAAUAGCUUUUGUGGUGGAUAUAUAGGAUCAUAGAUUGCAGCAGCAGUUUUAAAGCCAACAAAUUAUAUACUUGUUGUAUGUGUUAGCUAUAAAUAAAAUCCUCAAAAGGAUUACUGUUGCUCCUCUGAACAUCAGUAAUAAUAAAUAUUUUUCUUGUUAUUGCUGCUGUAAAA